AUGGCGCCAGCAACCAGGAGCAAACCUUCAAAGUCACCCAAACUCCAAAAAGCUCCAAAAAAAGUACAAAUUCUUCCCGUUAAAGACGAUUCCUCCUCCGAAUCCGAAGAAGAAGCACCGCCACAGCAGUUUGAACUCAACGACGACGGCGGCAAUGACUCUGGUUCCGAUUCAGACUUAUCCUCCGACGACGAUCAGUUAGCCGACGAUUUCCUUCAAGGAAGCGACAACGAGGGCGACGACGACGAAGAGAAAGCCUCAGGUUCGGAGUCUGGUUCGGAGUUGGAUUCUGAUUCGGAUGACGAUGAUGGUGAUAUUGAGAAGAAGUCUAAAGCUAUUGAUGAAGCUAGGGAGAGAGAGAAAGAGGAUGCUGAAGCUGAAAUGCAGACUAAUAUUCAAGAAGAGUCUGAUGAGUUUAGAUUACCAACCAAAGAGGAACUUGAGGAAGAGGCUUUGCGUCCACCAGAUCUUUCCAAUCUUCAAAGGAGGAUUAAAGAGAUUGUCCGGGUUCUUUCCAAUUUUAAGGCGUUGAGGCAAGAUGAGUCGACGAGGAAGGAAUAUAUUGGACAGCUUAAGAAUGAUAUACGCUCAUACUAUGGCUACAAUGAGUUCCUAAUAGGUGCUUUAGUGGAGAUGUUUCCGGUUGUUGAACUGAUGGAAUUAAUUGAAGCUUUUGAGAAGCCUCGCCCUAUAUGUCUGAGGACAAACACUUUAAAGACACGUAGACGGGAUUUGGCAGAUGUCUUGAUAAACAGAGGAGUAAAUCUGGAUCCCCUGAGCAAAUGGUCAAAAGUUGGACUUGUAGUGUAUGAUUCUCAAGUACCAAUUGGUGCCACUCCAGAGUACAUGGCUGGUUUUUACAUGCUUCAAAGUGCUAGUUCUUUUCUGCCUGUGAUGGCCUUGGCUCCUCAAGAAAAGGAACGAAUUGUUGAUAUGGCGGCUGCUCCUGGUGGUAAAACAACUUACAUUGCUGCUCUAAUGAAAAACUCGGGAAUAAUUUUUGCAAAUGAAAUAAAGGUACCACGACUGAAAUCUCUGACUGCAAAUUUGCAUCGGAUGGGUGUAUCAAAUACUGUAGUCUGCAACUAUGACGGGAAGGAGCUUCCAAAGGUUUUGGGUCUCAAUUCUGUUGAUAGGGUAUUAUUGGAUGCACCUUGCAGUGGAACUGGGGUUAUAUCCAAAGAUGAGUCAGUUAAAACAUCUAAAAACUAUGAAGAUAUUAAGAAAUGUGCCCAUCUACAGAAGGAGCUCCUUCUUGCUGCAAUUGACAUGGUAGAUGUUAAUUCAAAAUCUGGGGGAUACAUUGUAUAUUCUACGUGCUCAAUCAUGGUUGCCGAGAAUGAAGCAGUUAUUGAUUACGCUCUGAAAAGGAGGAAUGUUAAACUGGUCCCUUGUGGACUUGACUUUGGGCGUCCAGGGUUCACCAAAUUUAGGGAAUUGCGGUUUCACCCUUCAUUAGAUAAGACAAGACGUUUUUAUCCUCAUGUACACAAUAUGGAUGGAUUUUUUGUUGCCAAGUUGAAAAAAAUGAAACCUGGUCCAAAACCAUCUGAGAAGGAAGAAGAAGCAACAGAGCUUGUGAAUGACGGAGAAGAAACAGAGCUUGUGAGUGACGGAGAAGAAACAGAGCUUGUGAAGGACGACAAUGAACCAAGCAUUGGCGUAAAAGAAAAUGGAAAACAAUCUUCAGAAUCUGAAUCCAAAAAGAGGAAGAGUGAGAAAUUCCUUUCCAAACCAAGUAGUAAUGUCAAAGAAUCUGCAGAAUCUGAAUCCAAAAAGAGGAAGAGUGAGAAAAUCCUUUCAAAACCAAGUAGUAAAGUCAAAGAAUCUUCAGAACCUCCCAAGAAAAGGGUGAAAACGAAAUUUCCAUCAAAAGAGGAGAUUUCAAAAUCCAGAGAGGAGAUGAGACUUGCUUUAAUGGAAAACAAGAGAAAAGGUGUUAAGCAGCCAGAAGACGAGAGAACUGUAGAAAACAAGAGAACAGGAACUUUUUUUGUGAAAAAGCAGACGAAAAGAGUUAAAAAACUAAAGAAGAAAACGAUGACAAUGCAAUACAGCAAGUAG